AGCCCUGUAUUUUCAUGAGUAGUUAUCUGUUUUCAUGACAGGUGGUCACGAGCUGCCAAGAGAAGAUCCAGCAUUGGAAGAAGGUAGAUAAUGACUAUAAUGCGCUUCAAGAAAGACUCAAUACUUUGCCUGAUAAGUUGUCUUAUAAUAUCAUGGUACCAUUUGGCCCCUUUGCCUUCAUGCCAGGAAAACUUGUCCAUACUAAUGAAGUCACUGUUUUACUCGGGGACAAUUGGUUUGCAAAGUGCUCAGCAAAGCAGGCUGUGGGCUUAGUUGAGCACCGGAAAGAACAUGUAAGAAAAACAAUAGAUGAUUUAAAAAAAGUGAUGAAAAAUUUUGAAUCCAGAGUUGAAUUUACAGAAGAUUUGCAGAAAAUGAGUGAUGCUGCAAGUGAUAUUGUUGACAUAAGAGAAGAAAUUAAAAGUGACUUUGAAUUUAAAGCAAAACACCGAAUUGCUCAUAAACCUCACUCCAAACCAAAAACUUCAGAUAUUUUUGAAGCAGAUUUUGCAAAUGAUGUAAAAUCCAAGGAUUUGCUUGCUGAUAAGGAACUGUGGGCUCGACUUGAAGAACUAGAGAGACAAGAAGAAUUGCUGGGUGAACUUGAUAGUAAGCCUGAUUCUGUGAUUGCAAAUGGAGAAGAUACAACGUCUUCUGAAGAAGAAAAGGAAGAUCAGAACAUAAAUGUGAAUGUGACGCAUCAAGUAACAGACUCUGUUACUCCCAGCAGUUGUUAUGAGGAUGUCACAAAUUCAGAACUGUUCAAUGGUCAGAUGGAUAGUCAAUUGAACUGUUCAAUGAAUGGUUCAAAUUCUUAUCACUGUAAUGAAGAUGAUGAUGAUGAUGAUGAUGAUGAUGCUGGUGGUGAUGAUGCUGGUGGUGGUGGUGAUGAUAAUGAAAAUGACCAUGAUGCUUUAGGGGUUGGAGAUAAUUCUAUACCAACAAUAUAUUUUUCUCAUACUGUCGAACCUAAGAGGGUCCGAAUAAAUACUGGAAAAAAUACCACUUUAAAAUUCAGUGAAAAGAAAGAAGAAGCCAAACGUAAACGCAAGAACAACUCUGGCAGUGGCCCCUCUGCCCACGAGCUGCCUCCCAUCAGGACUCCUGCUGACAUUUACAGAGUCUUUGUGGACGUUGUGAAUGGAGAGUAUGUCCCCCGUAAGUCGAUCCUGAAGUCUCGCAGCCGAGAGAACAGCGUAUGCAGCGACACCAGCGAGAGCAGCACGGCGGACUUCGAUGACAGGCGGGCAGUUUUGAGGAGCCUCAGCUGUGAAGAGGCCACUUGUAGUGACAUGGGCGAGCGCGUCCUGGAAGAGGAGCAACACGAGCAUCGUCAGAAGAAGCUUCUGCCCUCCUCAGGAGCACCUGAGGCUUUUUCUGGAACUGUAAUAGAAAAAGACUUUUUAUCGCCCUCCUUACCACCACACCCAGCCAUGGCUCAUCCUGUGCUACCCACUAUUCCAGAACGAAAAGAAGUUCUGUCAGAAGUAUCAGAAGAAACCGCAAAGAGGGUUUCAAAGUUCAGAGCUGCCAGAUUGCAGCAGAGAAACUAAAGCCUGCCUAGGAAAAGGGAGUUUACAUCCUAAAACCUAGUUUCUGUAGAAUAUAUAUAUAGAGAGAGCAAACUGUGUUACAUGUAGUUUGAAAUAAGGCAUCCUGAGUUAAUUUGGCAGCAAGUUCUCUUACUCUCAUCAGUGAUAUUAAAAAAAGUCAAAGUAAAUGUUUGAUUACUUUCAUGUUCAGCUGCUUGUGUUAAUUCUCUGAAUACUGUCAGCACUCUUGUCUAAGUUUGCCGUAUGAUGCAGUGGGAGCAUUUCGAAAUAUUUUUCAAAGAAUACUUCAUAUGUAUUGUUUUUGUGUUUUGAACUAAAUACAGGCAGUUUUGUACCAGCUGUGAUGGUUGUGCAUACCAUAUGGACCAUUUUAAAGAAACUUUUAAGAUUUCAAAUAGAUUCAACAAUUAUAUUACUUGCUUUAGCAUUUUAAAGGCACUUUAAAAGAAUCUACUUCUUGUAGGUUUUGCAGCUAGGUGGCUAUUUACAAAACCUCUCCCCUUUGACUGCGGUUUGGUAAUCUUUAAGGCAGAAAGCUACAUGUACCCCAUGGGGAAGUGUCUUUGAUUGGAAGAAUGGUACUUUGUAAAACAUUUUUUUUCAAGUAAAAAUUUUUGAAACUCGGUCUC